CGCAUUUUGAAAGUUGCAGCGUUUUCAGCGCUUGCAGGACGUAUUGCGACGAACAGGAUGCAGCAGCAGUGCAACUGAUCCGUCGUUAUUGGACGACGCCAGCAAAAGCGGCUCAAAACGAGCGUAUAGCCGUGUUGUAGGACUGCACCCUUCUUGCGGGCGUGCCGAGGCAGCGCUGGGCGUCGCAUCGGUGGAACGCAAUAGCUAGAAGCAAUGGCGUCCGCCGCACAAAUCGCCGCCGCACAGAAACUCGCCGACGAGAUGGCGGCGGCGGCCGAGGCCGAGGACUCGGACGACGCGCCGCUCGAGUCGCUCGUAACCGUGACGAACAACGGCGCCGCCGACCGCGAUGCGAGCGACGACGAGGUCAUGCCGACGCCGAAGCGCCGCGGCCCGCCGACCGACGAGGAUCUAGCAGAGGCCCUCGACACGGACCUCGCGGCCAGAAAACCGCUGCCGGACUUUAGGAGAGACGGUCCGAGGGUGGGCGAGACCAUCCGACGCAAGGUCGAGCGCCCCACGGGCCCGGCCUGGGCCGAGGGCAAAAUCAUCGGUUAUUUGGGACCGGACGAGAGCGAUUUUGUGGACGCGAACGGCGCCAGAGCCGCGUUGUAUCGCGUCCGCUACGAGAGCGGUUUACGGGAGUUGGUGGGCGACGAGGAGGACUUGGAGGAGUGGGAGGUCAACGACUCGUCGGCCGACCGGUCGCCGCUCGACGAGUUCGGAAGGCCCGCGAAUUGUAGUGACGGCGACGACGGCGAGGCCCUGAGCAACUGGGCGCCCUUCACGCCGCGCGCCGCGCCGGCGCGGGCGCCAACAUCAAUGCCGCCGCGCCGGGCCGUGCCCGCGUGGGCGCCGCUCGACGCGCCGCCGCCGCCGCCGCGGCCCGAGCCGCUGUCGCCGGGCCGGCGGAAGAAGAAGCGGCCCCUGUUUGAUGAUGACGACGCCUCCGCCGGCUCGCUCGAGGCGGAGCUCGCGGAGCGGGGCCGCCGGAUCGUCGAGCGGACUCGGCCGACGGUGCGCGACGCGGGGAGCGACUCCGAGGAGGACUUCGUGCCCGGCGCGCUCGACGUGGAAACGCUCCGCGCGAUGGGCCUCAUAGCCGGCGCCGCCCCGCCGGUAGCGCCGGCCUAUGCCGUCGUGGUGCCCGCGCCGCCGCCGCCGCCGCCGCCGCCCGACGAGGCGCGGCGCCUCGCUGCGGACCCUUCCAUAGACCUCCGGGAGGCGUAUCGCCGCGAGCAGGCGUCGCGAGCGCCGGCCGUCGCGGCGCCGGCCGUUGACGAGGACUCGGACGAUAGUGACGACGCGCCGCUCGAGUCGCUUAUCACCGUGAGGCGGCGCGACGACUCUAGUGACGACGACUAA